AUGAUGUCCAGUCUCCCACAACCUGACCUGUCCAGUCUCCCACAACCUGACCAGUCCAGUCUCCCACAACCUGACCUGUCCAGUCUCCCACAACCUGACCAGUCCAGUCUCCCACAACCUGACCAGUCCAGUCUCCCACAACCUGACCUGUCCAGUCUCCCACAACCUGACCAGUCCAGUCUCCCACAACCUGACCUGUCCAGUCUCCCACAACCUGACCAGUCCAGUCUCCCACAACCUGACCAGUCCAGUCUCCCACAACCUGACCAGUCCAGUCUCCCACAACCUGACCUGUCCAGUCUCCCACAACCUGACCUGUCCAGUCUCCCACAACCUGACCAGUCCAGUCUCCCACAACCUGACCAGUCCAGUCUCCCACAACCUGACCUGUCCAGUCUCCCAAAAUUCAGCGCUGAACACGAUGUAAGAACCAUUAGAGGGAGAGAACGCCACAGAGGGUUGGGUGAAGUUAAAAACAAGUUAGACAGGUCCCAUACAAAAAGAAGUUAA